AUGCGUAACUUGGACACUGCCGAGCCUGACCAAGCCAGCUCCGCUCCGGCUGACCACCUUGCCGACCCUGUUGGCUUUUCGGUCGGAUCUGAUGACGCCCCGGCGGACGAUGCCUCUUCUGCUGAUGCUGAUCCUGCCGAUGCUGACGUGGGUAGCGACCCAAUGCGUAACUUGGACACUGCCGAGCCUGACCAAGCCAGCUCCGCUCCGGCUGACCACCUUGCCGACCCUGUUGGCUUUUCGGUCGGAUCUGAUGACGCCCCGGCGGACGAUGCCUCUUCUGCCGAUGCUGAUCCUGCCGAUGCUGACGUGGGUAGCGACCCAAUGCGUAACUUGGACACUGCCGAGCCUGACCAAGCCAGCCCCGCUCCAGCUGACCACCUCGCCGACCCUGUUGGCUGUUCGGUCGGAUCUGAUGACGCCCCGGCGGACGAUGCCUCUUCUGCCGAUGCUGAUACUGCCGAUGCUGACGUGGGUAGCGACCCAAUGCGUAACUUGGACACUGCCGAGCCUGACCAAGCCAGCUCCGCUCCGGCUGACCACCUUGCCGACCCUGUUGGCUUUUCGGUCGGAUCUGAUGACGCCCCGGCGGACGAUGCCUCUUCUGCCGAUGCUGAUCCUGCCGAUGCUGACGUGGGUAGCGACCCAAUGCGUAACUUGGACACUGCCGAGCCUGACCAAGCCAGCUCCGCUCCGGCUGACCACCUUGCCGACCCUGUUGGCUUUUCGGUCGGAUCUGAUGACGCCCCGGCGGACGAUGCCUCUUCUGCCGAUGCUGAUCCUGCCGAUGCUGACGUGGGUAGCGACCCAAUGCGUAACUUGGACACUGCCGGGCCUGACCAAGCCAGCCCCGCUCCAGCUGACCACCUCGCCGACCCUGUUGGCUGUUCGGUCGGAUCUGAUGACGCCCCGGCGGACGAUGCCUCUUCUGCCGAUGCUGAUACUGCCGAUGCUGACGUGGGUAGCGACCCAAUGCGUAACUUGGACACUGCCGAGCCUGACCAAGCCAGCUCCGCUCCGGCUGACCACCUUGCCGACCCUGUUGGCUUUUCGGUCGGAUCUGAUGACGCCCCGGCGGACGAUGCCUCUUCUGCUGAUGCUGAUCCUGCCGAUGCUGACGUGGGUAGCGACCCAAUGCGUAACUUGGACACUGCCGAGCCUGACCAAGCCAGCUCCGCUCCGGCUGACCACCUUGCCGACCCUGUUGGCUUUUCGGUCGGAUCUGAUGACGCCCCGGCGGACGAUGCCUCUUCUGCCGAUGCUGAUCCUGCCGAUGCUGACGUGGGUAGCGACCCAAUGCGUAACUUGGACACUGCCGGGCCUGACCAAGCCAGCCCCGCUCCAGCUGACCACCUCGCCGACCCUGUUGGCUGUUCGGUCGGAUCUGAUGACGCCCCGGCGGACGAUGCCUCUUCUGCCGAUGCUGAUACUGCCGAUGCUGACGUGGGUAGCGACCCAAUGCGUAACUUGGACACUGCCGAGCCUGACCAAGCCAGCUCCGCUCCGGCUGACCACCUUGCCGACCCUGUUGGCUUUUCGGUCGGAUCUGAUGACGCCCCGGCGGACGAUGCCUCUUCUGCUGAUGCUGAUCCUGCCGAUGCUGACGUGGGUAGCGACCCAAUGCGUAACUUGGACACUGCCGAGCCUGACCAAGCCAGCUCCGCUCCGGCUGACCACCUUGCCGACCCUGUUGGCUUUUCGGUCGGAUCUGAUGACGCCCCGGCGGACGAUGCCUCUUCUGCCGAUGCUGAUCCUGCCGAUGCUGACGUGUGCUCCGCUCCGGCUGACCACCUCGCCGACCCUGUUGGCUUUUCGGUCGGAUCUGAUGACGCCCCGGCGGACGAUGCCUCUUCUGCCGAUGCUGAUCCUGCCGAUGCUGACGUGGGUAGCGACCCAAUGCGUAACUUGGACACUGCCGAGCCUGACCAAGCCAGCUCCGCUCCGGCUGACCACCUUGCCGACCCUGUUGGCUUUUCGGUCGGAUCUGAUGACGCCCCGGCGGACGAUGCCUCUUCUGCCGAUGCUGAUCCUGCCGAUGCUGACGUGGGUAGCGACCCAAUGCGUAACUUGGACACUGCCGAGCCUGACCAAGCCAGCUCCGCUCCGGCUGACCACCUUGCCGACCCUGUUGGCUUUUCGGUCGGAUCUGAUGACGCCCCGGCGGACGAUGCCUCUUCUGCCGAUGCUGAUCCUGCCGAUGCUGACGUGGGUAGCGACCCAAUGCGUAACUUGGACACUGCCGAGCCUGACCAAGCCAGCUCCGCUCCGGCUGACCACCUUGCCGACCCUGUUGGCUUUUCGGUCGGAUCUGAUGACGCCCCGGCGGACGAUGCCUCUUCUGCCGAUGCUGAUACUGCCGAUGCUGACGUGGGUAGCGACCCAAUGCGUAACUUGGACACUGCCGAGCCUGACCAAGCCAGCCCCGCUCCGGCUGACCACCUUGCCGACCCUGUUGGCUUUUCGGUCGGAUCUGAUGACGCCCCGGCGGACGAUGCCUCUUCUGCCGAUGCUGAUCCUGCCGAUGCUGACGUGGGUAGCGACCCAAUGCGUAACUUGGACACUGCCGAGCCUGACCAAGCCAGCUCCGCUCCGGCUGACCACCUUGCCGACCCUGUUGGCUUUUCGGUCGGAUCUGAUGACGCCCCGGCGGACGAUGCCUCUUCUGCCGAUGCUGAUCCUGCCGAUGCUGACGUGGGUAGCGACCCAAUGCGUAACUUGGACACUGCCGAGCCUGACCAAGCCAGCUCCGCUCCAGCUGACCACCUUGCCGACCCUGUUGGCUUUUCGGUCGGAUCUGAUGACGCCCCGGCGGACGAUGCCUCUUCUGCCGAUGCUGAUACUGCCGAUGCUGACGUGGGUAGCGACCCAAUGCGUAACUUGGACACUGCCGAGCCUGACCAAGCCAGCUCCGCUCCGGCUGACCACCUUGCCGACCCUGUUGGCUUUUCGGUCGGAUCUGAUGACGCCCCGGCGGACGAUGCCUCUUCUGCCGAUGCUGAUACUGCCGAUGCUGACGUGGGUAGCGACCCAAUGCGUAACUUGGACACUGCCGAGCCUGACCAAGCCAGCUCCGCUCCGGCUGACCACCUUGCCGACCCUGUUGGCUUUUCGGUCGGAUCUGAUGACGCCCCGGCGGACGAUGCCUCUUCUGCCGAUGCUGAUCCUGCCGAUGCUGACGUGGGUAGCGACCCAAUGCGUAACUUGGACACUGCCGAGCCUGACCAAGCCAGCUCCGCUCCAGCUGACCACCUUGCCGACCCUGUUGGCUUUUCGGUCGGAUCUGAUGACGCCCCGGCGGACGAUGCCUCUUCUGCCGAUGCUGAUCCUGCCGAUGCUGACGUGGGUAGCGACCCAAUGCGUAACUUGGACACUGCCGAGCCUGACCAAGCCAGCUCCGCUCCGGCUGACCACCUUGCCGACCCUGUUGGCUUUUCGGUCGGAUCUGAUGACGCCCCGGCGGACGAUGCCUCUUCUGCCGAUGCUGAUCCUGCCGAUGCUGACGUGGGUAGCGACCCAAUGCGUAACUUGGACACUGCCGAGCCUGACCAAGCCAGCUCCGCUCCGGCUGACCACCUUGCCGACCCUGUUGGCUUUUCGGUCGGAUCUGAUGACGCCCCGGCGGACGAUGCCUCUUCUGCCGAUGCUGAUACUGCCGAUGCUGACGUGGGUAGCGACCCAAUGCGUAACUUGGACACUGCCGAGCCUGACCAAGCCAGCUCCGCUCCGGCUGACCACCUUGCCGACCCUGUUGGCUUUUCGGUCGGAUCUGAUGACGCCCCGGCGGACGAUGCCUCUUCUGCCGAUGCUGAUCCUGCCGAUGCUGACGUGGGUAGCGACCCAAUGCGUAACUUGGACACUGCCGAGCCUGACCAAGCCAGCUCCGCUCCGGCUGACCACCUUGCCGACCCUGUUGGCUUUUCGGUCGGAUCUGAUGACGCCCCGGCGGACGAUGCCUCUUCUGCCGAUGCUGAUCCUGCCGAUGCUGACGUGGGUAGCGACCCAAUGCGUAACUUGGACACUGCCGAGCCUGACCAAGCCAGCUCCGCUCCGGCUGACCACCUUGCCGACCCUGUUGGCUUUUCGGUCGGAUCUGAUGACGCCCCGGCGGACGAUGCCUCUUCUGCCGAUGCUGAUCCUGCCGAUGCUGACGUGGGUAGCGACCCAAUGCGUAACUUGGACACUGCCGAGCCUGACCAAGCCAGCCCCGCUCCAGCUGACCACCUCGCCGACCCUGUUGGCUUUUCGGUCGGAUCUGAUGACGCCCCCGGCGGACGAUGCCUCUUCUGCCGAUGCUGA